AAAUCGAUUAUUCGCGGGUAUACCGUAGUGUUCAGUCGUAGUGGAACCUUCCUGGAGGGUUUUGAAUCAGCAAAACGCAUUAUCAAUUGUAAAAUAUCAUCAUGGGAAAGAGAUUUGAGACGAUAGCCGCCAUGGCCUGCAUGACGACUCUGCUGAUGCUGUUUAAUUUCGUAUUUUGGUGCAGUGGAAUGAUAAUGCUAGUUGCGGGGAUAUGGCUGCGGAUGCAGCUGCGCGAUUACGUUGAUAUGAGUGUUGAAGGCAGUGGAACUGCUCUUCUGGGGUUGGCAUGUCUCGGGGCAUUCGUUGCCUUCAUCGCGACCCUCGCCUGUUGCUGCACAGCAAAAGGACAUCCAGCGUUGUUAUACGUGUAUGGAGCCUUCUUAGCAGUGAUAGCUCUCUUGGAAUUGGCAGCAGGAGCUUCCAUCUACACAUAUCGUACCUGCCUAACAGACGGCUUCGACCAGGGAUUGAACCAGAGUCUCGCUCGUUAUGGCACUGAUGCUAAUACGCAAACUCGCGUUGACGCCAUGCAAACGGCGCUCCAUUGCUGCGGUAACCGAGGUUCCAACGAUUGGGUGGACCUGAAGCCACCGAAGGACAUUCCCAAGUCCUGUUGCAAGAUCAAUGAAGAUCUUUGCGACCCCACUCUCUCCAGUGAUAUUUACACCGAGGGCUGUUACAAUCGUGUGAUUGACUUCAUCAACUCCAAUAUCGGUCUAGUGGCGGGAGGUGCCGUCGGUGUCGCCUUUUUCCCGCUAGUUGGCGUUUUCCUCGCUUGCUGUCUCGCGAGUAAUAUCAACAAAGCGAAGUAUGAACAGGUGGCAUAGAGAGGCCGGAGUGGGGGUUACUGAUUAACAUUUAUCCAACAUUGAGAAGAUAAAAUGCAAGGGGGCGAUGGGAAUUGAAGGACUUCUGGACUCUCAAUAUCAAUGUCUAUUAUUACGUCCUCAUACUCACAACGUCAAUAUUGAUUGAAAUUUAAUACUCCAAUUUAAAUGUCUUCAUGACUUUGCAACGACGAUUUUUCUUUACCUAUUGUGAUUUUUAUCGUUUUGAAAAUUUAUUCUUCCUGUCUUUUUGGACCUCUUCCAUGUUUACGCGGGGCAAUUAUCCCUGAAUACAACGCGCAACGCGUUUUUUUAAAUAUUCGGAGCAAUUCCAUUUGUUCAGAAUUCAGUGAGACGUGAAGAAUCUUUUCAUUGACUGGGAAUGCCUCGAUUGAACGAAAGGAUUCUGUUAUAUUGAUAUAAUUAUAUUCUUGUUGAAUAAAAUUUGUCUUGAUAAAUUAUUAAUAUAUUCUAUAGAUAUUAUAUUUAUGGUUAUGGAUAAUUAGCUUUUACUAUCUCGGUGUAUAUUAUCUAAAUAUAUAUUAUAUAAUAAAAGAAAUUUAACUGUGAA